GCAGUCAAAUGUGGUCUGUAAAUAAAUAUUCCCACUUCAGUACACGAGGCAGUCAAAUGAGGUGUGUUCUUGCUCUGUUUUGAAAGUUUAAACGACUUGUAUGAUUUGGUCUCUCAAGAACUGCUCGACCUCCAAUCACCGGAUAUCUCUUCGAACUUCCUUCAACAAGAGGACAUGCUUGCCUAAAUCAGCAAACACCAAGAUUAUAUAUUUUUUUCGAUUUCGGUUUUGAAACGUAACUGAAAACAUCACAUCACAAGUACUCGUUCCAACUAUUCUUGACGAUGGCAGCCAAUAUAUAUACGAAUUCCUCACCACAUUCCCAGGUAGAACUUGUCUGUAACAAUGAAGUUGCUGCAAUUAUCUUUAGUUAUAUUAAUUUCAUUAGCAUCAGCAGCAACAUCAGCGCCAAUUUACGCGAGACCCGGAUGCAAAGAUAGGUGUGGAGGUGUCCGGAUUCCAUAUCCAUUUGGAAUCGGUACAGGGUGUUAUAUCAAUGAAUGGUAUGCCGUUGAUUGCAACUUAUCGACACCAUACCUUUCUGCGAUAAACAACCUGAGACUAUUGUCUUUGAAUCUGGAGAAUCAAACGAUGGCUGUUAAUGUCUCAAUGAAUUCGAAUUGUGCAGACACAAUCCGGAACAACAGUCAGAUCUUGAGCGUCGACUUGGGUGAUAGCCCUUUCCUCUUUUCUCGAGAAGAUAACAAAUUCACUGUCGAGGGGUGUGGAAAUGCAGUUAUCUUGGAGCAAAAUAACUUGGUCACAGGGUGUUCGACGAUAUGCCCAAACCAAACUAAUAACCCAAGAAACAAUUGUUAUGGGAUCAAUUGUUGCCAAACCACGAUUCCUUACUAUCUUAAAACAUACACCAUCGAUACUACACGCUUGCAAAGUCAGGAUUCGGGUGGAGUUUGUGGAUCUGCGUUCCUGGUGGAUGAACAAAUGUACUCUUUUGGCAAGUUUUCAAGGCAAUCUGCUUUUGUUGGGAACUCCUUUGUUCCAAUUUCACUUCGGUGGACUCUAAGACUAGAAGAAAUUGGUGAAAGUGAUUGUUCUUCUAUGACAAGAGAGGAUCUUUAUCUGGGUAAUGGUACCAACAUUGAAUCUUACAAAUGUACUUGUAAGCCAAUUGAAGAAGGAAGCCCGUAUUUAACUAAUGGAUGCCAAGCUGUUGGACCAUGCGCCACGUGUAUCAAUGGAUGCGUGCAAAUUAAUGGGACAGGGAAUUUCACAUGUCUUCCUACUCAAGCUAGAGGAAAAUCAUCAACAACUGGAGUUAUUCUAGGUGUUAGCAUAAGCAUCGGGGUACUACUUCUUACAGCAACCACCUUCGCUUUAUACAAACUAAUCCAAAAAACAAAAGACAAAAGACAAAAAGCACGAUUUUUCAAACGAAACGGAGGCCUACUUUUAAAACAACAAGAAACUACCGAUGAAGGAUUAGUCGAUAAAACCACACUUUUCACCGCAAAAGAGUUAGAAAAAGCAACCGACCACUUCCACGAGAACCGAAUCCUCGGUCGAGGAGGCCAAGGCACUGUCUACAAAGGCAUGUUAACUGAUGGAAGGAUUGUGGCUGUGAAAAGAUCAAAAAUAGUAGACGAAAGCCAAUUAGAACAGUUCAUCAACGAGGUGGUUAUCUUAUCACAAGUCAACCAUCGGAACGUGGUCAAACUUCUCGGAUGUUGUUUGGAAACCGAAGUCCCUCUUCUUGUAUCCGAAUUUGUAUCAAACGGGACUUUAUACGAACAAAUUCACAAUGAAACCGACGAGUUCCCGAUGACAUUAAACACACGGUUACGGAUUGCAACUGAGAUUGCUGGAGCUUUAGCGUAUUUACAUUCGGCUACUUCGAUUCCUAUAUACCAUCGAGACAUUAAAUCGACUAAUAUACUUAUGGAUGACAAAUUUCGAGCCAAAGUUUCGGAUUUUGGGACUUCGAGAUUCGUAUCAAUUGAUCAAACACAUUUGACGACGUUAGUCAAGGGGACUUUCGGGUAUUUGGAUCCGGAAUAUUUUCAAUCGAGUCAAUUUACGGAAAAGAGCGAUGUUUAUAGUUUUGGGGUUGUUUUGGUUGAACUUUUGACGGGGGAAAGGCCGAUUUCGGUGACGCGGAUUGGUGAGCAUAGAAGUUUGGCGACUCAUUUUAUGUUGGCUAUGGAAGAAGGUGAGGGGAUGGGGGUUUUUGAUCGGAGGAUUGUGGAGGAGGGUGGUCGGGUUGAGGUUAUGGCGGUGGCUGAGCUGGCGCUGCGGUGUUUGAAUUUGAACGGGAAGAAUAGGCCUACGAUGAAAGAAGUGGCGUUAGAAUUGGAAAGAAUUAGGGCGAGUUAUUUACCAUCUGGAAAUGGUGUUGGGAAGUUGAAGUACAAUGGUGGAAUGGAAGAAGAAAUGAUUUUGUUCUCGUAUGAUGAUGAUGAUAUACCAUCAACAAGUACGUAUUGAUUAGAAUGUUUGAUUUACUUGAAAUAUGUUUUUUUUUUCUUUUUUUUUUUAAAUGUUUGAAUGACAUAGGUAACCAUUUUAUGUUUUUUGUGAGGGUUCUUUUCCAUUUUUAUCAUUUAAUAUUACUUCUUAUUUAUAUCAUGUGAACUCGUAGGAUCUUGCAAUGGACUCUCUAAAUUUUUCCCGCUAU